AUGGCCAGAGUCAAGCAGAAAACGCGUAAGCAGGCCCCUUCAGGAGGAGCUUCUACCCGAGGCGCUCAGGUUGCAAAAGAAAGGCAGAAGCAUACGGUUAUCGUGGAGGGCACAUCGAAAGAACACAACAAGCUACGAAGCGUGAUCACCUUUCGUGCAGACCCUCCGAAAGGGUAUACCUUCAUCCCAGCUGGCAACCCAGAGCUUACCGCGGCUCUGAAAGAAUUUGCCCGUCGCGGCGACCACAAGAUAUAUGCUGUAACUACCACCCCUCAUGCAGAAAGACAUGAGCUCUCCAGGGAAGUACACCGUAUUGGCUUUCAUUUUCCAACCAGUGUUGUCGCCCAAGUGUGUUCACAUUAUGGUAUUCGCCUCACCGCUGGUGGCAAGGUCAUCGAUGACUCCAAGGAUGACAAAUUGUUCCAGUCGGUCUAUCAGAAUGGCAAACGUCCCAAAGAAGAACCCAAGGAUCAGAUCACAAUAAACACCGAAGCCAAGCAGACCAUCAAAGACCUGUUUCCCAAAAUGCCAGACAACGAUCUGUUUCAGAUCAUAAAGACAGCAUUCCAGCUGGGAGAUAACAAGGUUGGCACUGCAGACGAGAUCCCUCUUAUUCGUAGAGCCCAACUUUCUGUUGUGGCUCACAUUAGGCACGUAUACACAGACUAUGACAAGUUGUUGAGGCGAUGUCCCUACAACGAGGCCCGCCAUGCAGUGGAAAAAGACACUCUCGCAAAAUUGAUUGAAUGGAGGGGAGAUGACGAAGUAGAGGACGAAGCCACUCAGCGCGCCGCAGAUGAUUUGCUUCGAGAGGUCAUCGUCAUCUCUGAUGAAGAAGACGACGACGAGACCGAUACUGACGACAUUCAAAUUGUCCAAGACAAUGUUAGAGUUGAGGAAUUGCCGAGCACCGCCUAUGGCGCGGCCGUCAGCAGACAUCCUUCGCCUUACCACAAUCAUCCUGGCGAGAUGGUAAGCCGCAGCUACCAAGCAUUGCCGCCGGCAAUACAACGCUACAAGCCCAGCGACGACACUAUUGCCCAGCGUGACCGCAGUCGUUAUGCUGUUUGGGACCAAGCCAGGCGUGAUUAUCGUGCCGGCAUUAGUCGACAGCCUGUAACUGUUCUUGAGAGAAUCUAUGAACCGAUUGAUGUCGCACCAAAGCGUGUCCUAGUGCCACUCGACCCUCCUGCGCAUUCUCCCACACAAGUCGUGUACUCCCGACCUCCCCCUGCUCCGAUGAACUCUGUCGAAUACGAGCCCCGUCACAACAUCAGCCAGCGGAGCCCAAGAUCAUAUAUCAGAGAUGCCAAUGGUACUUUGUAUGAGCGCAUAGACGAUGAUCGUCCUCGUGAAAGAGUUCUUGAACAAGAUCGACAUUUCGAGAACGCCGCCCGGAGCAUUUUAGCCCCCGAAGUUAGGGUAAGAGCACGGCCCCGCUCGCCUCAGCGAAGAGUCUAUCCUACGCAUCGUCAAGAAGACGAAUAUGACAGCGGCAAGGGCUCUGUACUUGAGUCAAUUGAAGGUCCGCAGGGAGCAUAUUCGCCCGCAGCCAUGCGCCUGAAGCAGAAUGACGGAUACCCAGCACCGCAUGAUACGACUGUCAUGCGAGAAGAUGGCCUCGGUUAUCGCGGUGCCCCUAACAUUAACCGCGGAGACGACGGCGCUCGAGUGAUUAAGCGGAUCCGGUUAGAAGAUCUGCCAUCGCCGUCUGAACAACGGUAUGCGAGGAGAGAAUCACCUAUUCCUAUUGGUUACCGCGAGCGCGUCUAUAUGCCACAACCGGACCCUCACUUUGCAACUUCACGUGCCAUUGAAUAUGACAAUCAGCGGUCGAGCCCUACACUACGACCAGCUGCAUCAUUGGGGCAAGGAAGAUAUGCGCAGAGUAUUGCCGAAAUCAACCGUGCUGCAUAUUCGAGUACAGGAGCUAGUCGAAAGGCCGAGGCCAUGUUUGAACAUAGAGACCCUCCUCAAACACGGUCACAGAUGCCCUUGUACGCCCAAGAACACACCCGGUACUUACUUCCAGAGCCGAGCUUGCGUCGUCGGGGUAUCGAGAAUCAACCCCCGACUGUUGUAAGUCGAGUGUAUGAGCCUCUUGAUGAUCUGGUCUAUGACAGUCGACUCACGUCAGGUCAACCUGUGGCCCCUCGCGAAGUACACAGACAAGCCCCUGCGCGCGUGUAUGAAUACGAUGAGAGUGUGCCGGACAAUGCUCGCUCAUAUGUCCACCUGGCCAGAUGA